AUGACACGAAUUUUAAAUGCAUUAAUUGCUAGUCAUGAUAGAAGAAUAAGGCCUAAUUUUGGAGGCCCACCAACUAUAGUUAAUGUAACUAUUCAUGUAAUUACAAUAAGUGCUAUUUCUGAAGUUUCUAUGAAAUAUUCUAAUUAA